CACAUUUGAUACUUUCAUAAACGCACUUGCUGAAAGUCAAUGGGAACUCGAACAUCUCUUUAUAAUUGAUAAAGAAGAGGAUUCCCAGUGUGUUGGUCAUCGCGGAUAUUCUUCUCAUUAUCCCGAGAACACGAUGCUUUCUCUUGAGCAGGCAAUUCUCCUAGGUGCAGACGGAAUUGAAUCUGACGUUCGCUUGACCAAGGAUGGUCAAGUAAUUAUGAUGCAUGAUACGACUUUGGAUAGAACGACGAAUG